AGUUGUCAUGGCUGUCAAGCUGUCAGCAAAUAUUCUGCUUCAGAGCCUAUGGUGCAAGCUUACCCACCAAGUGGACCAUGGCAAGAUUGUACUGCAGACAUACUGGGUCCUUUAUCCUCUGGAGAGAAUUUAGUUCUAUUGUUACAGUUCUAUGAUAGCAGAUAUUUUGAAGUAGUUAUCCUGAAGUCAACUACAAGCACAAAGGUCAUCAACAGCCUCUAGCCAAUAUUUGCUCAGUUUGGAGUUCCCCACUCACUUAAAACCGACAAUGGCCCUCAGUUCAUUUCAGAGGAGUUCAAAGCCUUCCUUAUCGAAAAGGGGAUAGAACACCAAACAACUCUCAUUCUGUGAGCCCAGGCAAAUGGGGAAAUAGAACGUCAAAACUGCACUUUGUUGAAAUUGAUCCAGGUAGCCCAAAUUGAAGGAAAAGAUUGGCAACAAAAGCUUCACAAAUUUUUAACUGCACACAGGUCCACUUCUCAAAAGACAACUGGUGUGGCACCAUUCUUCUUAAUGUUUGGGAGAGAAAUGCAGUCGAAGUUGCCAGAGUUGAGACAUGAGACACCCAUCACCAAUGAAGAAAUCUGUGACUGGGAAUGGGCAAGAAAGCUGACACAGAAAGACUAUGUGGACACAAAGAGAAAUGCAGUUGAGAGUCAAGUGGAAAUUGGAGAUCACGUAUUAUUGAGAAACACGAAAACAAACAAACAAACUGUCUCAAAACUUCAACCCAAGUCCUUGUGAAGUCAUAGACAGAAAUACAGAAGUCACAUUAAGGAAGAAAGAUGGUGUGGAAUUAAAAUGGAAUGUGUCAUUUGUUAAGAAGUACCAGGAGAAUGGUGCUACAGAAUCAGAAUCAGUGGUACCACGUCAGCCAACUGCUAGCCCAUUAGAACCAGCAACACCAUUUCUGCCAAUUACUAGCCAGCCAAUUGCUAGUCAGCCAAUUGCUAGUCAGCCAAUUGUUAGCCAGCCAAUUGCAAGCCAGCCAAUUGCUAGCCCAAUUUCAAUGCAGCAGAUAGUUAACCCAAGUUCACCUAUGCUUAAAACAAGCCAGAGACCAACUCGAAUGAUUAGAAUUCCUAAACAAGUUGAGGAUUAUGAACUGUCAAAGGCAUGA